AUAUAUUAGUCAAUAAAUAAAUAGUGUUUUUGAAAACAUUUUAUUAAUUUUUUAUGAAUUAUGCGUUAAUUUGAAUAUUUUUUUAAUAAAUAAUUUAAUAAUUAUUAAUUUAAUCGACAAUUUGAUUGUCAUAAAAGUAAUGUACAAAAUAGAUAUCAAUUAAUUAGUGACAAUUGGCUCACAAAUAAACAUUUGACGGCAUAAUCGGCUUAACUGAGACCACAGUAGGUAUUAGAGGUCAAAGACAUCGCCAGAUAAGAGAUGACAGUCGAGCACAACAUCUCUCAAGACAUGCCAUCAGCGAUGGCUGACUUGAUAUCAUUGAUUGAGAAUGAGAUCCCCGAAGGCCGACAAAACCUGAUUGACUCGCAUUCAAAUCUGGACAAAGUUGCCGACUAUUGCGAGACCAACUACUUUCAGUCGGAUAACAAGAGGUCGGCAUUGGAAGAGACUAAGAACUAUACGACUCAAUCAUUAGCUUCGGUGGCCUAUCAGGUGAACACAUUGGCCUACAAUUUGCUUCAUAUGUUGGACUUACAAACGGCACAGUUGGCAGAAAUGGAGUCCCAAAUCAAUCAUAUUUCACAAACGGUUGACAUUCAUAAAGAGAAAGUCGCCCGAAGAGAGAUCGGUAUAUUGACCAGCAAUAAGAGCACUGUUAGACAACACAAGAUAUUAGUUCCGGCAAAUCCCGAGCGACCGAUAAAAUAUAUAAGAAAACCAAUUGAUUAUUCAGUAUUGGAUGACAUUGGACACGGAGUUAAGAUAGCGUCGCAAAAUGCACCGCGAAGUAAGUCAUAUACGUUGAAGAAUGGAUCGGGAACUUUAAUGAUGAGUAGCGGACCCGCGCCCACCACUAAACCACCGACACCUCCGCAGACCAUUAGAAACGUAGGAAGUCUGUCCCGAGGAAAUAAAGAAUACCGAACUCCUGCGCCACCCAUUGCACCCCCACAGGUCCCCAGCAAUUAUGCGCCUAACUAUCCAUUGGGUCACCCGAAGGCUAUUGAAAAUAAUAGACGCGGUUCAGGAUAUUCUACAUUACCAUUGGGUUUGGGACAUCAAAGUGGUGUUAUUCAACAACACAAUCUUAUGCAACAAAUGAGUGGUCAAAAUCACUCACAUUAUAGCCAAUCAACUCAGGGGUCACAACAAGGCCAACCAAUAGGUAUGGUGCACCCCAUUACCCAUCCGACAUAUAAUCAACAUAAUAAUAAUAAUACGGCAAACUUUGUAGUCCCGCCUUCUCCAACACCACCGCCUCCUCCACCACCACUACAUGAGAUACCAAUGCUAUCUCCUAUUAGUGAUUCUUUGCCAGACCCGCCACCAAUGCAUUUACAACACAACCAACACAACGAUCACUAUGAGAGGCACUCCAAUGCUUCGCCACCAUUACCACCUCCACCAUCCAUAGAUGAUAAUCAUCAUAUGAAUGUUUAUAAUAUGGAACACAUUCCUCAAACUAUGAACGGCUAUAGAGAACGACACAAUCAAGAGCCGGAUUGGGUGCCAAAUAAUUAUUUAGAAAAAGUGGUUGCAAUAUAUGAUUAUAACGCCGACAAAGACGAUGAACUGUCAUUCCAAGAGAAUUCAGUCAUUUAUGUGAUUCGUAAGAACGAUGACGGAUGGUAUGAGGGAGUCAUGGAUGGCAUCACUGGUCUAUUUCCCGGCAAUUAUGUCGAGCCAUGCAUUUGAAACAUCCAAUUAUAGGCAAUACAACUACACUAUUAUAAGAUGCCAUUUAAUAGAUGAUUUUGUUUUCAACUUUCUAUGAUUUCAAUAUACACUUAAUUUUAUGAUUUA